GAAAGAACGAGAGGGAAGGGAGAAGAGAAGGGGGAGAACAAGAAGAAGAAAAAGAAGCCAAGAGAGAGAGAGAGAGAGAAGAGGAGCCUGCGGGUGCGGAGGGGAGAGAAAGGCGGCGGAAAGCGCCCGCCGGGCCACGCCGCAGGGGAGGAGAGGGACUGCGCCCGGGACAAAGAGGAGUGGUCGGGGCGGGGCGGGGCGCCGCCUCCCGUGCGGUGCCGGGGAUGCUGGGGGCGCAGGCACCUGCUGCUCGGGCCUGAUCCGCCGCCACCGCGCAACGCCGCACGAUGCUGUUGCUCCUGGCCCUGCUGCCGCUGCUGCCGCCGCCGCUGCUGCCGCCGCCGCCGCCGCCGCUGCUCCUCUUCCUGCUCCUACUGCUGCUGCAUGACAGUUGCUUUCUCCAUCUGGGCAGGCAGCAGCCCCCGAUGCUCGAGGUGAGAAACAUGCCUUUCCACUUGGGCUACUGGUUCACUUAAUCCACCGCUCUG